CCUCCAUAUAGUGCUCAGGUGCCCCAUUUUCCCUCUGUGUUUUUGUCAUGUUUUUCGUAUGUUAAUGGUACAUAUUAGUUGCAGCAUUAGCAGUAUUCUAAUCUCUGCUUAUCUCAGCUUAAUCAUAUUCAUUAUUCAAUAUCAUCACUUCCUUAUGAGAAGAUUACUAAAAUCAUUCGUACCAACAACUCAUCACUGUCUUCUUCUCCACUCAUCAUCAUACAUUAAUCAUAGCAAAAAUCUCAAAUUUUUUCUUCCAAAUCGUCUCACAUGGGUACGCAACAUGGCCACGGGUAGAACCGUGGUGGGACCCACGAACAAGAACAAAAUCGUCGUCGUAAUGGGUGCUACUGGUUCUGGAAAAUCAAAACUCUCUAUCGACCUCGCCACUCGUUAUUUUCCUAAUUCAGAAAUCAUUAACUCCGACAAAAUCCAAAUUUCUAAAGGUCUCGACAUUACUACAAACAAAAUCUCAAUGUCUGAACGUCGCGGCGUAUUUCACCAUUUACUCGGCGAGUUUUCGUCGGAGUUUUCUCCUUCUGAUUUCCGGUGGGUUGCUUCGGACAGAAUCUCAGACAUCAUCAAUCGUAACAAGCUCCCGUUAAUCGUCGGUGGGUCCAACUCAUUCAUCUACGCUUUCUUAUCAAACCGGUUCGAACCGGGACUCGACGUUUUCAACGAAUCGAACCCGGUUCAGUGUAUAUCAAAAGAGCUUCUUUAUAACUGUUGCUUCAUUUGGGUGGAUGUUUUAACUCCGGUUUUGAAUCAGUAUUUAUUUAAACGAGUUGAUGAAAUGAUGAAAUCCGGGAUGUAUGAGGAAUUGGAAGAGUUUUUUGAGAAAAACGGAUUUUCCGGUGCAAACUCAGCGAGUCGACACAGCGGGUUGAGAAAGGCAAUAGGGGUGCCGGAGAUGGAGAGGUAUUUUCAAAAGUACAAGAAUUGUACGGUAGAGGAGAAAUGCAGGUUGUACGAGGAAGCAGUGAGGGAAAUAAAGGAGAACACGCGGCAGCUAGCGGAGAAGCAGAUAUGGAAGAUCCAACGGCUGAGAGAAGCUGGGUGGGACCUACAAAGAGUUGAUGCCACGGAGGCAUUCACGGCGGCGAUGACGCCGGGAAAUACCAAGAUCCCGGUUCCGGCGACGGAGAUAUGGGAGAAACAAGUGGUGAAACCAAGCGUGAAGAUUGUGAAGCGUUUUUUGUUAGAGUGAGUAGGUUUGGUUCUACAGCUAUUUGCCAGCUCCUCUAUUUCUCCCCUUCUUCUUUCUCUUCUUUUUUUUGUUUUUUUAAAACAAAUUGGGAAAAGACUAUCCCUUUUAUUUUUAUUUUUUUGGAGUAAUUUUAUGGAGAAAAAAUUUGUA